GGCCGGGAAUCGAACCCGGGCCUCCCGCGUGGCAGGCGAGAAUUCUACCACUGAACCACCAAUGCCGUGUUGUAGGAGGCUGUCCUGCUGGUUGUGAUGUUUAGGUGCUGCCAUGUUUAGCCGGUGGACCAUCGAUGUUUCGGAAAUUCAUUAUAUGGAGCCAUGAAUACAACCAACGCUCCUCUAGUCAGACGCACAUCGCUAAGGAGGUCUGCACGUCUUUUCUUACGCCAACUCGCUCUUUCUUUUUCCUGCCUGCCGGAAUCCGAAGCAGCCCUGGACGUCCUCUACCGCCACCCAGACCUCCAGAAGCCAAGAAGCAGAGGUGGCCGGAAAUCUCAUCACAGUUCUGGGGACCCCGCAGGCUGAAAGGACAGACCCGCAACUGUCCUUGGUUUGGAGCUCGGAGUCUGCCUUUGAGCGGGGCACGAAGGCGACUUCAUCCGGAGGGCGAAGUGUCGUAACUUUAGACCCCCUCCCAGCUGAGCACUCUCACCAGCCUCAUCCCGGCAGGACCCAGUGCUUUCUGUGUUCGCACCAGCCCUUCACGUACCGGAACUCACUUGUCUGUACAGAUCCUUUAUCUCUCCGUGAGAAGAGGGGGUGAGACUGCCCCUAUGAGCCUGGUAUCUUUUGGAGCUCGCCCUUUUCCAUGGCCUGCAGCCAAGGGUGGGUAAUAGCAAGAAGAUCCCUCUACUCAUCAACCAGGUGUCUUAGGACUCACCUAAGUCCGAGGGUCAAGAACACCUACAGCCCUUACAAAGCCUGCAGGGAUAGCUGCCUGCCCCUGGGGCAGAGAAAGUCAGCCCAGACUGAGGAGCUGGAUUCCAUCAGGAGGGAGCUGAGCAAGAUCAAAGCCCAGGUGGACAGCCUGUUGAAGAGUCUGGAGUCCAUGGAGGAGCAGAGGGCUCAGCAUACAGAUCAGGUGAAGACUCAAGCAUCGGACCAGGAUAGCCAGGAGGUGGGGACCCUUCCAGGCUCCACUGUUACUUCUUGGGUGGCUUGAUUCCUUGCCUUGUUUUUGGAAGUCCCUGGUCACACCCGUGCAACCUAAAGUAACCUUUCUGGAGCUAGGGCAAUGCAAGUAGAAGCAUGGUUCAGCCAGUCCACCCAGGAAACCUCCUGGUAGUUGUGGGCUUAACUUUGAGGUCUUUUCCA